AUGGACAUUGCCAUGCAGAAAUUCCCCAAUGGCAUUCCUACCUUAGAGGAAGUAAAGAAAUUUAACGGCGCAGACCCAUAUCCGGAAACGGCAUGGAUAUGGGGCAAAGAUGACGAAAUUGGACGCAUCAACCUCUUGACCCCAGCCCGCAUCCUCUCUGCACAGAAAUCGGAGAUUAGAGACGGAGAUACUGUGUCUCUUAAUUGGCCCAUGAAUUUACCAACCAAGCCAGCGUUCGGACGCGCUCCUUGCCAACACCGUGUUGCAAACCAUCCCGAUGGACCCAUGGUUUUUGACGACUGGCUGGAUAUGAACAUCCAGUCUGGAAGCCAGUGGGAUGGCUUCCGCCAUUAUGGACAUCAAACCCAGGGAAGAUUCUACAACGAUCUCACGCCCGAGGAAGUGCUUUCCGGCACAAGAUGUGGUAUCCAAGCUGUCUCAAACCACGGGAUCGUAGGUCGAGGCGUGCUGCUCGAUUACUACAGCUGGUGUCAACAAACCGGCAAACCAUACGAUCCGUUCACUUCUCACGCUAUUCAGCUCGAAGACUUACUCGCCGUUGCCAAAGCGCAGAACGUGAAGUUCCAGGUUGGUGAUAUUUUGCUGAUUCGAAGCGGAUAUACGGCUGCUUAUUAUGAGUACGAGAAGUCUGACCCGAAGAAGUUGGAUGAGGCGGGGUCUCUGCAUCCGACUUUGGCGGGGGUUGCGCAAACGGAGGAGAUGAAGAGUUGGUUGCAUGAUUCGUAUUUUGCUGCUGUGGCUGGAGACGCACCAGCCUGGGAAUGUUGGCCACCGAAGCAGUGGGCUCUGGGAGUGCUUAUUGGAGAGAUGUUUGAUCUUGAGGCACUUGCGAAGCAAUGUAAGGAGAAGCAGAGGUGGUCGUUCUUUUUCAUGAGUACCCCUUUGAACAUGCCUGGUGGAAUUGCAAGCUUUGCAAAUGCAAUUGCUAUUUAUUAA